UAGGCUACUGGAGAGUGGAAAGUAGGUUUGUCUUUUGUGAGUAAAUAAAUACACAACACUGACAUAAAGGCACAAAAGUGGCAUCUGUUGCUGCCAUGGCUUGAUAGAACCAAGGAGACCAUUGAGGAUGGAAAGCGAAACAAGCACUAUUUGAAUUUGCGGCCUGCAGUUGCACGCUAUUGGACUAUAAGCCAAGUGGGCUGAAUGUAGAGUUUACCGAAUGGAUAUACCUGAGGUGGGGGAAGUUUACAAAACAAGUCCCGCCUCCUGAUUAAUCAUGGGCGAGAUAGGGGAGAGGAAUUGUAUUCAUAUAUGGGCUGAAGAGCGGUAGUAGAUUAAUGGACUUUUCCAUGUUUUUUUGUUUCAACAUUUUAUGGCAAGAUAUUUAAUUUCACAUUAACCUGCAAGUUUUUUCGUGACAUGGAUUGCUCCUGAUUAACCUUUGAGCAUCUGUGUCGUUACAAGUCCGUCGUUUUUUUUUGGUCCCGCUGACUGGCAGCUGGCAAUGGUAGUCUGACUUUCUGAUGUGACUGCAACUAUUGGAGUUGGUGGAUCAGAAACUUAAGUUCGAGAGUGGGUGUCACGUUUUCACAUUUUACCGACAAUUCGGAGGAGUAGGCAACAAGCUAUGGAGAGUGAAACGAGCGGUAACAUCUCGAUCACUUCCCAGCUUCACCUGAACAACAGCACCAAUGCGAAUGACAGGGUGGACUCGUAUGGGUUUGAGAUGCCUGAGGGUUAUGAGUCCUAUGAGAAGAUGAUGGCUGAGUAUGUAGCCGUGCUCACCAGAAGGUCCAUGAAGUGGUCUAAACUCCUACAGGGGAAAGUCCACGUGGAGAAGAACCUGAAGGUGAAGCGGUACGUGCGUAAGGGUGUGCCCAACGAGCACCGAGCCCAGAUCUGGAUGGCAGCCAGCGGGGCCCAGGAGCAGCUGGAAAAGAACCCAGGGUACUACCACUCUCUGCUGGGUACCGAGCAGCAGCACGAUGCCAAGCUGGAGGAGACCGUCAGGAUAGACAUGCACAGAACGUUCCCUGACAACGUGCAGUUCCGGAACAGCUCAGAGCCCUGUCUGCAGAAGGCCCUGUACAACGUGCUGCUGGCGUAUGGACACCACAACCAGGCUGUGGGAUACUGCCAGGGUAUGAACUUCAUUGCAGGCUACCUCAUCAUCAUCACUAAGGAUGAAGAAAAGUCCUUCUGGCUCAUGGACUCUUUGUUGGGAAGAAUACUCUCUGACUACUACAGCCCGGCCAUGCUGGGGUUGAAGACGGACCAGGAGGUGUUGGGCGAGCUGGUGAGGGUCAAAGCCCCGGCUGUGUGGCAGGCCAUGGCCCAACACAACGUCAUGUGGACCCUGGUGGUCUCCCGAUGGUUCAUCUGCCUCUACAUCGAUGUCCUGCCUGUAGAGACAGUUUUACGGAUCUGGGACUGCCUGUUUUACGAGGGCUCUAAGAUACUGUUCCGCGUGGCCCUGACUCUGAUCCUCCACCACCAGGCUGAGAUCCUGCAGGCCCGCUCCAUGGUCGAGGUGUGUGAGCGCUUCAAACUGAUCACCCAGGGAGCCUUCACAUACGACUGCCACACCUUCAUGCAGGAAAUCUUCAGGGAACCAGGAAGUCUCUCCAUGGCAACCAUCACUAAGCUAAGGGAGACAUGCAGAGAACACAUAUUGACUGAGAUGUCCAGACUCCGCCCUUGACAUCUCCUCCACCACUAAUAACUUCUUGUGGUUAUCAGGUCAUCUUCAUUGUAGUUGAGCUACAGAUGAUCAGAUUUCACAUUUGGAGAAAUAACCAGGAACCACAUAUGAUGACAUGGCAAUCACUCUUCAUAGAUGCUGAAUUGAGCUGCGUGAUUGUAGUACCCCCAUCUAGUCAAAUAUUAUUUGUAUUGUAAAAAGCAUUAAACUGUAAUCUUGCACUUUUCCUGUGGUAGGAUCAUGGGAAUGAUAAGUUGUGGUUUGACAGUGGAGAAGGGUUCCCCCAAAGGGUACCAUAGUCCAGUUCAACCCAGGAAUCGCCUGGGGAGGAAAAUGUGAUAACUCUACACCAUACCAAUGCUUUAAAAUCCAUGAGGGAGAGUGAGCAAGUGCACACUUAGGCCUGAAUCAUAACUUGAACUGUGCAUAAGUUCAUACAUUGAGUCAAUGCAAGAUUGCAUGUGCAAUCAUACCUCAAGUUGGAAUUUGACUGGUGUAAUUGGACCAAAGUUGACUAUUUUCAACAAAGGGCUGCUCUCUCACUGUAACCUUCAAUUGGAAGUUGAUUACUGUCGAUUACAUUUAAGCAAAACGUAUUGCUUUGUUCUCCAAGCUUAGCGAUUUGUGUUCCAAUAGAACCGAG